AGCAGUGUCGUCAUAAACAUCAUAUCCUUUUGGGAGCGCGAGGAGAUCUACUGUCUGCGCUUCGUCAAAAAGCUCCGGAUGAUUUCAGUCGCAACGAGCGGAGACCGUUUCUGGAGUCCUUGUGUAUAAAGGCGCGACAUAUCUGGACAUGGACUGUUCAGAGGAAACCAACACUGUCGAAGAGCCGGCUGGCAGACGACCGACUGACGCUUCCUUUGUUGAGAGCGAGGCUGAAGGCUGCGGACCGCGUGGCGUCCAGGCGGACACGAGACACGAGCUGCUGCGGCUCCUUAAACUGGCGGGACCUGUGGUCAUUUCCCAGAUGAUGGUCUUCCUGAUCAGCAUCAUCAGCCUGGCGUUCUGCGGUCACCUGGGGAAGACGGAGCUAGCAGCAGUAUCACUGGCAGCUGCGGUGGUGAACGUCACUGGUAUUUCCGUCGGCACGGGUUUGUCUGCAUCUUGCGAUACCCUCAUAUCUCAGACCUAUGGGAGCGGUAACCUGAAGCGUGUGGGUGUGAUUCUCCAGAGGGGGGUUCUGAUUCUGCUGCUGGCCUGUUUCCCCUGCUGGGCCGUCCUCAUCAACACCGAGCCCCUCCUGCUGGCGGUCAAGCAGAGUCCAGAGAUUGCCAGUCUGUCCCAGCUGUAUGUGAAGAUCUUCAUGCCCGCUCUUCCUGCUGCUUUUAUGUACCAGCUGGAAGGGAAGUACUUACAAAACCAGGGAAUCAUGUGGCCUCAGGUUGUAACUGGAGCAGUUGGGAAUGUCCUCAAUGUUCUCAUCAACUAUAUCUUCCUCUAUCAUCUGGAGCUGGGUGUCGCGGGAUCUGCAGCAGCCAACACCAUCUCUCAGUACGUGCUGGCUUUGUUCCUGCAUGUUUACGUCUGGUGGAGGGGUCUUCACAAAGCCACAUGGGGAGGUUGGUCACUCGACUGCCUGCAGGAGUGGGGUCUCUUCGUAAAGCUGGCCAUUCCUAGCAUGUUCAUGAUCUGCCUGUCAUGGUGGAUUUUUGAAGUCGGAGGAUUCCUGGCUGGUGUGAUCAGCGAGGUUGAACUGGGGGCUCAGUCUAUUGCGUACCAGCUGUGCAUUGUGGCUUACAUGAGCCCUCUUGGAUUUUCUGUUGCUGCUGCUGUCCGGGUCGGGAACGCUCUUGGUGCUGGAGACAUAGAGCAGGCCAAGCUGUCGUGUAAAGUCCCAAUCAUCUGUGCAUUCAUUGUUGCGUGCUUUGUUGGAGUUUGCGUCAGCAUCACCAGAAACAUCACUGGAUUCAUUUUCAGAUCUAUUCCUGUGUUCUUUUUUAGGGACAUAAUUCAGAAGGUUGCAGAUGUAAUGCUCAUAUUCAGCUUCAUGCAUGUCAGUGAUGCGACUGCGGGUGUAGCCGCAGGAGUUCUCAGAGGAGCUGGGAAACAACUGGUUGGCACCAUUUUUAAUAUAGUGAGCUUCUACUUUGUAGGGUUUCCCAUAGGCGCAACCCUCAUGUUUGCUGCAAACAUGGGGAUUACUGGACUGUGGACUGGACUUACAAUUGCUGUUUCACUACAGGCAAUUUUCUUCAUCACGUUUUUGUGCAAACUUGACUGGAAAAAGGCUUCAGCAGAGGCUCAAGUGAGAGCAGGAGUUCAGUGCGUGGAAGAAAAAGAAACAUUUAAUCUGGAACAAUUAGAGUCAAGUCAGAGCCAGGUCCAGGUUGGCUUUACUCCGACCAGAGGUACCAACAAGGAAGAGGGUGUCGUCCAGAGUCCCGGCCGGAGAGAGUUCGCCAUCUCCACAGUGGGAGACGUGCUGCCGGUUAAACAGCUGAUCUUACGACGUGGACUGACUCUUUUGAUCAUGAUCGUCAUUCUUGUGGUUGGAGUCAUCAGCAGCAAUUUGAUUGUCACCCUGUUUUGAUGAUUUUUACAGCAGGCGACGGUGUGGAGCUUGCAGAAAGCUGGUUCUGUUCUGUUUGUUUUUAUUACCAAAAAAAUCCUUAAGGAUCAAAGUAGGACUUUAAAACAGUAAGCCUGGGACAAAAAGAGAAGUGCCUUACGCAAUAAUGGAAUCUUGUUGUACUAGUUCAGAUUUUAUGACAUUGCAAACCUCAAUAUGUUUAAUCUGGACAAAGAAGCACUUUGACAGAUGAAACGAAAACGAUUUGUGUUUUUUGUUCGCAUGUAUCCAGCUUUAUGUGAGUCAGUAUGAUGUCUAGAACAUUCAGAAGCAGAAACAUAAAUAUUUCAUGUUUACAUUUUAA